UUGAGUAUGAGCUGUACGGCAGAUGAUUGCAUAGUAGCCAUUAUCUAGCGAAUAUUCCAUUUGAGUGGUUGGGUCGCCUUCUACGCCAGUGUGUGUAAAGGUUGACAAAAGAGCGAGUGUGUACAAAUAUAUUUACACUAGUUUCGUCUCAUUGUUACGUUUUCAAAGUGUUCAUUGUUUUAUUAAAUUUGCGUUUGAUACGUCAUUACGUAACCUAACUUGGUAGCGACGCCAGUUUCUAGUGUCUUUUCAGUCUCUCCGUGGAAAGAAAUUAAAAUAAUAAUGAAAAUCAUGCAAGCAAUAAUUUUUGUCAUUGCUGCCAUAUGUGCCCAUUCUGUGACCGCAGAAUUGCAAUGUACGUAAGCUUCCUGCAGUUGAAAUUCCAAAGAGGUGGAUCACAAUGGCGGAGCCUUGCACUUUGAAAAUGAGGGCGCAGGUACAAGAGGAGCUGAACGCUGCACUCACUUACAUGGCAAUGGGUGCCCAUUUUUCGAGGGAUACAGUAAACAGACCUGGUUUUGCCAAGAUGUUCUUUGAGAGUGCAAGUGAAGAACGUGAACAUGCCAUAAAAAUUAUUUCAUACUUGCUCAUGCGUGGUGAACUUACUUCUGAUAUCAGCACACUCAUUCGGAACCCGGAGCCCCUGCAUGAGAGAUGGGAUACUGGUUUUGAAGCCCUCACGGAUGCUUUGAAUCUAGAGUCAAAUGUUACAAGCAAGAUUCGUGACAUCAUCACUGUCUGCGAGAAUCCAUCUAAGGAGGAGGAUGCCUUCAAUGAUUACCAUCUGGUUGAUUACCUCUCUGGAGACUUCCUAGAAGAACAGUAUAAAGGCCAGAAGGAUCUUGCUCAUAAGUUAUCUAUACUGGGCAAGAUGUUGGACAACUACGGUGCCCUUGGGGAAUUCCUGUUUGAUAAGAAGCUCCUAUAUGGGGAAUUGUUUUAAACAGGGCAUUGGGUUUCUGUCUUGCAUAGAACAGCCAGUAGUUUCACUUAGCUUUAGUAACUGUGAUUACUUUUAGGAAAUUAUUAUUUUGGAAAUUGUGUAAGGUGUAAUAUCACUUGAUUAAAUAGUUGAUUUAGAUUCACAGAAAGUUCUGGGUGUCUGUGGUUAACACUAAAAAAAUGUUGACAUAUAUGUUUGACUAAACUGUAAUUAUGUAAGGUUAUAGUUUACUGCCAUUUGUUUGUAUCGUGGAAAAGUGGAGUAUGUGGGUUUUUUGCAUUAUUUCAUGGCAUAGCAGUGUUCACUUAACAAAGAAACAACAAAGAACAGCACACCAUUGUGUGUAAAGUCUGUUUAUUCCAUUACAUUCUGCACCUUUGAAGUAUCAGAUGUUGAUAUGUAUUGGCCAAUAUUUGGAUCAUUGUUGUACAUGUUUAAAACAAUAAAAUGAAUGAAUAAAGCAUUUUAAAGGCGUC